UGAAGCAUGGCAGGCGACAGCGAGACAAAGCCAGGUGACCAAGCCGAAAAUGAGAGCAACCAACGUCAGCCUUUCCUCAUUGGUGUGGCCGGAGGGACAGCCAGCGGCAAGUCAUCAGUGUGCAGCAAGAUCAUGGAGCUGCUGGGGCAGAAUGAGAUUGACCACCACCAGAGGCAAGUGGCAAUCCUCAGCCAGGACAGCUUCUACAGGGUCCUCACCCCGGAGCAGAAGGCCAAAGCACUAAAGGGCCAGUUCAACUUCGACCACCCAGAUGCAUUUGAUAACGACCUCAUAAUCACAACUCUGUGGGACAUUAAGGAGGGAAAAACGGUGCACAUCCCUGUUUAUGACUUUGUUUCCCAUUCCAGGAAGGAAGAGACAGUGAUAGUCUACCCUGCUGAUGUGGUGCUGUUUGAAGGGAUCCUGAUGUUCUAUUCUCAGCAGAUUCGAGACCUUUUCCAAAUGAAACUGUUUGUGGACACUGAUGCAGACACUCGGCUAUCUCGCAGGGUGCUGCGUGACAUAAGUGAUCGUGGUCGGGACUUGGAAGGUGUUCUAGCACAGUACAUCACCUUUGUCAAGCCUGCGUUCGAGGAGUUCUGCCUACCAACGAAGAAAUAUGCUGAUGUUAUAAUACCAAGAGGAGCUGAUAACAUUGUUGCUAUAAAUCUCAUAGUUCAACACAUCCAGGAUAUUCUAAAUGGCGGUUUGACCAAACGGCUGAAUGCGUGGUUUAGCGGUUAUGGAACAACGAAGAAUCCACCAAACAUGGAGUCCAGCAGUCGGCCACACUGAACACAGCGCUGUCCUGAGGAGAGGAAGGAAGGUUCACCUGCACGUGCUGAAUGUGCUCCACAGCGUGGCUAACAAGGCAGGAGUAGCUGCCAGGAAAUCAAAAGGCCUGCUUUUGAUAUGAUUCUGCUUGGAUUGAGCAAAUCAAUCAGAUGAAGGGAUUUUUUUUCCCCUUGUGGAACUGGUUUAAAGCAGUUGUUUUAUUUUUCUCUUUUGCUUGUGUACUGUAUGAGAUUGAAAGAGGAUGAAUACAAAGGGGCUCACUUAUAAUUUAGUCUAAAACUGCUGCUUGCCUUUAACACAGCACUGAAACGGAGUAACUAAAAGAAGCAGUUAUGACGUCUAAAAAAGAUUUCUAAACACUUGACAGCCUUUAAUCAUACAAUAAAUGCAUUGUAGCAACAUGCUGUUUAAUGGCAGGGCCAUACCCUAUCACUACAGUUAAAGGUUCACCAUGUGACCUGACUGAUCCCCUUUAUCGAUGCAAAUUUCCGUUUUUUUUAAAACUCCAUAUAAAGCAUAUUUCGACUUCUAGAAAGGUGUAUGUAAUUCUGGGUUGAGAUUUUUUGCUGUUUGUGUCAUGUGGCCCUGAGCUGUACUUGCUUUGUCAUGUGUAAAUCUAAAUAAGUUAUUAGGCAAAUGAAACAACCGAUUUCCACCUCACAUCAUCUGAUGUAUGACAUCAUCUCCAAAGAUAAUUUUCCAUACAGUCUUUGUGGACUAAUCAUUUUUUAUUUUUUAUUUACCUGAAUGUGGUAUUGACAUAAUUGUAACUCACUUAAUAAGACGUCGAUGUAACAUAAAGAACAGUUAAUUAUGUCAUUAUGGAAUUACCACAAAGUAUUAUUUUUGUUCGAUUCCCUUAAACUUGAAUCCUCAGAUGCACAUGUAUGCAAGUGUCACUCACAAGAAGACGCAUUCAGCUGUGAAAUGUCAUGAAGUACAAGACAGCCACUGUAAAUGUGAUCUGUAAAUGUUUAAUGCAGGUUUUCUUCCUGUAUUCAUAUUUCUUAUGAUAAAGUUCUCAGGUACACUUUCUUUGCUUCGAUUAACAUAUUCGUCACUGACAAAUUCUUGUAUUUGAUUUAAAAAAUAUUCAUAUCCAUGUCUGGUUGUAAUCUUAUGUUACUCUGUUUUGGUUAAGUCUCAUUGUUCUGUUUUAAUCUGUACGUUGAGAGGAAAGUGCCACAUGCUGCUCAGUGCUCUUUUCUAGCUACACAGAAAAAUUUCAUUUGCUUCUAGGUUACAAACACUGUGGGGUAAUGUAGUUGCAGUCAGGGCCACUGAGGACAUUGAGGUCAUGCCAUUCUUCCUGGAAUAUGAGGGCUUACACAUGGUGAAUACGUUAUAAGCUUUUUGACAUAGCAAAAUUGACUGCUGACACAUUGUCAUGGAAGAGAAUGAAGCCAUCAUUAUUUUUGAAAGACCCACCAUUGACUGUUUAAGUUAUUCUCUUAUUUAUGUUUUCGAUGUGUUUGCAUUUUGGAGGAAAUUCAUCCUUGGCAGUUUGGAGAAAACAUUUAAAAUGUUCAUGUUGGGAAUACAAAGACAGAAAAUCUAAUUUAACAAUUAAUUAAACAUGAAAAUCCUAAUAUCAAGAAAAGGGUUAAGGGGUUUGUUGGGGGAGUUUGGGUUCAUGACCUCAGUCCUGGCUAUGGCCCUGAACUGCAUGUACUGUCUACAGCUGUUUCCCAAAUCCAUUCUGCAUCCUAAUUCUCUAGUUUGCAGUGUGUUCACACUAGAAAAGUGAGAAAAUAAAACAGUUAUGAGUCAGUAUGCAGAAUAAAAAACUUUCAAAACUUUC